GUGCAACAAAAUUUUUCGCUGAUAAAUUGAGGUCACAUAAGUCUUCAAAAUGCUACGUUUACUUUGUAAUUAUAAUUUCUCACUCAUUAUCAUAUGAAAUUAUCAUCUCAUCCUAAUCGUUUUUUUUUCACCUUAUUUUCUUAAUUCCUUGCAAUGGAAUUAUAGAAGCUUUUCAACAUCCAUGUUAGAACUUUUGCAUGGGCCAAGACCAAUAGUGAAAAGGUCUCAUGUAUGUUAUGUACCUCAUUAUUCCUUUCAUUUUGUAAAAGGUGGAGAAGUGGACAAAACAGGAAAAACACGCCACUAUUUCACCUCUCGAAACUUAUUGUUAUAUUUCAUGGCUGUUUAUUGGUCCCUUUUCCCGUUCGCAUUUUCUUUUUUCCUUCUUUUUCUCUAUUUCACAAUAUCAGUUGCGUGCGUUACGUCCAAAAUCUUAAUGGUUAGAAUGCAUGGUAGUACAUAUAUAUAUAUAUAAAAAAUUAUAAAUAGAUAUAUUAACUAAGAGAAAUCACAUUAAGUUCUCCCAUUUCCCAUCAACUUAACCAACUAUUGCUCUCGAUCGCCUUAAAAGAUGGCGAAAACGGGUGCUGGAAAACACUUCGUGCUGGUUCAUGGAGCUUGCCACGGCGCGUGGUGCUGGUACAGGCUGGUGGUUUUGCUGGAGAAACACGGCCACAAAGUUACCGCCGUCGAUUUAGCCGCCUCCGGCCGGAACGUCGACCGGCGGUUGCAAGACUUGCGGUCCAUCGACGACUAUCAUCAGCCGCUUUACUCUUUCUUGGAGGGUUUGCCGGACGGUGAGGAGGAUAAGGUGAUCCUGGUGGGCCAUAGUAUGGGUGGCUACGCCGUUUCCUCCGCCAUGGAGAGGUUCCCGGAGAAGAUCGGCUGGGCUGUUUUCGUGUCGGCGUUCAUGCUUGGUCCUAACUUGACCAUGGACCAACUUGCCCCUAAGUUUGCUGGACCGGACUUUUAUAUGGAUACUGAAGUAAAAACUGUUGAAGCAAAUGGAGAGACCCAAGCCCACGUGAUAUUCGGACCCAAAUUUUUAGCUGCCAAAUUGUACCAAAAUUCACCACCUGAGGAUUUGCAACUUGCAUAUUUAUUAGCCCGACCGACUAGAUUCUUUGGGGACGAUGAGUCAAAAGAACAACUCUUGGCUACAACGGAGAAGUAUGGAUCGGUCCGGCGAGCAUUUAUCGUGGGUGGCGCCGAUGAGGCGGUGCUCGUGGAUGUGCAAAGAUUCAUGAUAGAACGGAAUCCACCAAAUAUAGCUAAGGAAAUAGAAGGAGCAGAUCAUAUGGUCAUGAUGUCUAAAACUCAAGAACUUUGCUCCAUUUUGCUUGAGAUUAUUCAGGAUGGAAACUAAGAAAAAUCCCAAACGUAAUCACUGGAACUAUAUUUACUGUUUGAGUUGGAAAAUAAUUACCAGAUACUCAUGCUAUCCUAUGUGAGUGAACAACUAAUAGUUGGAGAUCAAACUCGCAAAAAUGAGGUCUUUUUUUGUUGGUAUUUUUCUACUGUUUAUUUUAAUUUAAUGAAAUUUUGUUAACAAAUCAGGUGAAUGAAUUGGGAGCUUUUCGUUUUGUUCCACGAGGACGAUAUUAUUUCAAGCAUUCAUUCUUAACUAGGGGGAUUGAGUACUUGAAUGCAUUAUAUGGAUUGUUUUGUGUUAGUAUGUACAUAUGAAAAUAAAAUAGAAACAUUAUGUACCGAAAAGUUAUGUAGGUUUCAAAAAGUCAUAUUAAACAAUCGUGUCGUCCUUCUCUCUAAAAAAUUUUAGUGAGAGAAUGUCCUAUUUUCUCUCUAUGAGAAAAGUAUCUUGACGACAAAUUCUCAUCAAAUUCAACCUUUAUUCUUCCUUGUUAGAUUAUCUGCAGUUCUUUCCUAAUUGUGGUUCUGGAACACACCUUUAAUCCCACUAUCCUUGGUUCUCUAAUAAUAUAAAAAUCUUUCCCUUCUACACCGUUGCAUUUACUCGGCCAUUAAUUGCCAUUUGGAUGCCAUGCAUUUACCAGUCUUGUCAUCCAAUUUUUUAAAUCUGAACAGGUUCCCCAUUCACUUCAUUUACCAAAGUAGUUUUAGUCUUUAUAAGUCAAGUUGUUUAUCAGCCUUUGUACCUUUAUUGAGCCCCCUCCCAUCCUUUUCACUUCCCUAAACUUUGAUUUACCAUAUCUAAGUCAUAAAGUCUUCCGCCUUUUUUGUUUUUCCCUUUUCUUUUCUAUUCCUACUACAGUCCGAAAUCAUUGCUGAGCAGUACCUUUGGAUUCUUGUCCAUUAAUUUCACACCACAGACAUUCUUUAUCCCCACAUGAUCUUCCUUUUGUUGUGUUCUCCUUUUGUUCUUUCUUCUUUACUUCACUCUCAAUCCGGAUUUCCUGCCGACGUCAGCUGCUGUCAACUAUUGUCCUAUUCACAAUGAAUUACAGACAUGCAAUGGAUGAAAAUUCAGUCACUGUUAUGUCAAUUCAAGGAUCCAACUUUUCAGAGGAAAGGCAAGACCUUAGAACUCAUAUUGAUCCAGAUCCAAGGAAAAUUUCUCGGUCUUUCCUCUGAUCGAGCAACAUGCAACUGACGGAUUACCAUACCCUGCUCUCUCGAGACAAUUUGCAGUUAUCCCUAUUAGGUUAUCUGAUUGAAGACAAUGAGGUCGAUGACAGAGCCAUGCAAGACUAUAUGGUAGCAAAUUGGCCAGUCACAGUCCGUGUCAUGCACUAUGACCGCAACUUCUUCAUCUUGAAGUUUAUGAAUCAUGCUGAAAUGCUGGCUAUUCUGGAUAAUGGCCAUAUGCUGUCAAUGGUGGUUUACUAAUACAUCGUCGAUGCUAUGAUCAUGAAGAUCU